CCGUUAUAUACAUUUUAUAAAACCAUUAACUGAAUUAAUUAAUUAACAAACAAAAAACAAUCGGGAGUUAAAUUUACCGUAUACAAAGCCUCGUUUAAAUGUUAACCAAGUAAACAAAAUAAAGUGAAAUUUUUUAAAAACUGCAGUUGAAAACCAGGAAUUUUUAAAGUGCACUUCAUAGAUCAAAUGGCUAGUCAUAAAAGGAAAUUCUUUAAAAAAGGCCAAACCGCUCCUGAGAAGCGGUGGCGUCGUCAAGAGCAGGCUAUUAGAAAUGAGGAGCGACAGCAAGAACGAAUGCUGAAGAAGGUCCCGAGCUUGGGGCACCUUACUCAUUUCGCAACUACAGUAUUCAAUGCCCCUAAUCGUGAGGGGAAAGUCGAAGCCGCCAUUGCCACUUGCCAAAUGCUUUCCUCGCAUGCUGUUCCAGCCUUAGAUGAUUUGGCGCACUCCAAUAUUCUGACUAUUCUCGUGGAAUCCCUGGGGCAGGAAAAUCCCUUGCUGCAGCUAGAGGCUGCAAAUGCUGUAAAAGAUAUUGCUUAUGCUUCACCGGAGCACUCCCUUCAGAUUGCAACCUCCGGUGCCGUGCCUCUCCUGGCUGAACUUAUCGUCUCGCCAUACUACAAGGUCUGCGAACAGGCGGUGUGUGCUCUUGUGAAUAUCAUAGCCGAAAGUCCAUCGCUUCGCGACUUCAUCGUCAAUCACGGCGUAGUGGAAAAACUAAUCUAUCUCCUGGGUCAUAACGAGAUCAUAGUUCAGAAAUCCGCUCUUCUGUGCUUGGCCAACAUUGCAACCGGAUCCGAUGAGCAGAUUCAGGUGUUGCUCAACCACAACGUGAUGUCCUGCAUGCCGGCCCUGCUCUCCCACAGCAAGGAAAGUGUUCGGUGUGAGGCCCUGUGGUUUCUAUUUAAGAUCGCCUCUGGAAACGCAAUGCAAAAGCAGGCCGUCGUGGAUGCUGGCCUGCUGCCAAAGGUUGCGGAAAAUCUUAGAAUUGGAAGGGCUGCUUUAAAAACACCCGGGUUUCUAACGAUAUGUGUUCUGGCCAUUAACAGCAACAGGAAUUUUCUAUUAUCCCUCAUUAGACUUUGCGUCAUCCCGGGGCUAUGCGAUCUGCUCGGAUGCCAGGACGAUACCACCGUGACAUACUAUGUGCUUUUUUUGUUGGGACUUAUGCUUGGAGUGGACGCUUCUUAUGCGGAGGAGGUGGCCGGCAUCAUCCAAUUUUCCGAGGGUCUUCGCAAGAUACAGGCACUUCUAAACCACGCGGAUGUCGACGUCCACCAACUGGCACGUCAACUAAUCUGGCAAUACUUCUCGGAUAACGCCUCAAAUGGCACACAGAUUUGAAGGCACUUCACAGUUAUCCACAAUCUAAAUUAAGUAAUGUUUUCUAAAUUUUAAAUUUAUUUCUAAAACUUUGAGGUUAAGAUCAUUUUAAGACAAAUAUCAGAAAGACUUAUCAGAACAUAUAGUUGUAUCACAGAAACCUCCACCAGAGAUAUUUUUUUUGGCUACAUUUAAAUCCCUAGUACUUUGUACUUUAGUAGACGUUUUUAUAAAUAAACACACUUAUUUUUUAAUCAUCUAUA